UUUUUUUUUAAGGUUUAUUAAUCUUUAAUAGCUUUCAUUUUUUUUUUUCCCCUGAACAUUCUGAUCAUGACUCGAUCAUCACCAUGGUCCGAUCUUUCAAUAGAAAUUUUACAGCUUAUAUUUUCUUAUAAUUUCUCAAAUAUAGAUCUUCAUCACUGCCAGCUUGUCUGUAAAUCUUGGUCACGAGCUGCCCAUUAUACCCUCUAUUCUCAAAUCUUUUUAACUAGUCUUCCUAAAGCCCUUCGUUUCCUUCACACACUUAACACCUUACCUAGCUUUGGAUUGCUUGUCAAACAAAUUAUAUUCUCAAAUCAAGUAUUUAAGAGAAGAGGCUAUCCUUUAGUGUCAUUUGAGGAAUGGGACAUAUAUCGUAUCUUUGAUAAUUUAGGAGAACUAUGUCCUAAUGUUCAAAAAGUUGAAAUGAGGUUCCCAGACAGAUAUUACUGGAUGAGCCUUGCAAGAGGUCGUAAGUUAUUAGGACACUGGAAACGUCUUAAGGAGGUUCAAUUACCUUUAUCAGGAUUUGAAGAAGAGAUGGCCUUUGUCGAUUCGGUGAUGGCCUUUAAGGAUACAUUAGAAGAACUUGUGGUAAAUCUAGAUUAUCAUAAACUAGCAGAAGAGCGCUACUAUACCGUUAUUUGGCAAAACCUUGGUCAAUUUGUGUCUCUAAAAAGACUUGAUUUACAUCAAAUGACACAAACGGGGAACUUGGUAGAAUUAGAACAGAAAAUGAAGGAACUAUCGCCUACCGUCUCAUCUGUCUCCUUUGGUACAUAUACAGAAAAGAAUAUUUUCGAGAGUAAACCUCACAACUUGUCCUUGGUUCGAUCAUGUCCUUACGUAAGAUCUCUCAAAGUAAAUACAGUGAUUAUAGAUAAUAAUGCGAUUGAUUACUUGAUGCACAAGUUUCCUCACCUUUCUCACUUAACACUUAACACGGGGUGCGACAACAUGACAAACUGGUUCAUGUAUCUUUAUGGUUCUUUUGAGUUAUGCCAGACAUCCAAGUUCAUUCAUUAUUUGGAUAAGAUGCAUUCAUUUGACAUGAUUCUAGCUAUCUCUAAUGUGGAUGACCUAUUACAUCAACUUAUCAACAAGUACUGUGAUAUGAGGUUUAUACUGAGUUUUGAAGAUUGUUUUUAUUUAGAUGAUUGCAAUAUGAAUGAGUAUCAUAAAGAGCCCAUUAUAAAACUUGAAAGGAAGCAAAGCACUAUUACUGCAACACUCUAUUUUGUUUGUGAACAGCCAGAAAAGACUAUGCAGACAUAUAUCAAAAGAUAUGGUAAUCAAAUAAGGAACUAUUUGGAAAUUCGAAAUAUGCAACAGAUUUAUUUGUUAAAUGAUGUGUUAGAAUACUGUACAAAUUUGAAGACAUUGCAUUUAGUAGGUUAUAGUAAUCUAACGGUCAACAGCCAAAUAGUCAUCAACAAAUCUAUUGAAGAGUUGAUUUUAGAUAAUUGUACUGAAGAUAUCUAUAAACAGUUAUCGAAGCAAUUGCCACAAUUAAAGUAGCUUCAAAAUAUGAUAAAACGAUUAUAAAAUACUUUUUUUUUUGUAGUGAUUUAUUAUCAAAGAGCAGUUUGUGUAUAUAAAAUAAUAUUUUUUUUU